AUGUUAGGCGAAAAUGGCGUGACAUCUUUGGUGAAUCCAUCAGGUGGUCGGAGAGUUUUCCCUUUCACCAACGAGAUGCACUUUAUGCCUUCACUGGAAAACAGGGGAAGAGGGAGUCAACAAAAGGGUGGUUCUGUUUUCACUGAGAACAGGCGAUCUUCUAUCACUUCCUAUAGACAAACAGACAUGGGAUCUUCUGGACUAGCCUGGACAGGUUCCGUGUUCAGUUCUGUUCCUAUGAAUCAGUAUGCUUCUCCGUUGGGGAAUUGUGAAAACAGGAAUGAUAUGAAUGGAUCUGGAUCACUACAAGCGAUAUCUGUUUCAUCCGUUCAAGAUGCAGAAGCCGACACAACUAGUAACAAGAAGAAAGUUUCUUCAAAUGAUUGGGAACCUUCUGAACCUUUCCGAGCAUCUUUCACAAUUCCACCUUAUAUACUUCCCUCGUCUGAUGCCCUCUACGAUCCUUUCACGGAUAUAGAGAUUCCACAAGACAGAUCUCUUACUGCUCCAUCGUCAAGUAAAGUGAAAGAUGCACAGAUAAAAUCCCGCCAGCAGAAAGAUGGUGAUUCUACUAGUGGUCCCCAAGCUCGGGAUUGCAAUAACGAUGAUAAAAACAGUUCAUGCAGUCAAAAUCAAUACCAAGAAACUGUGGCAAGGAAGAAUAUGGAAGCACUGGAAGGGGUGGCCACUUCGGUUGUUGAUCAAAAUGACGAAACAACAACACCAAGCAAAGAAGUUUCUUCUUCGGCGGCUGCAGAAAAUAGAGUGGUUUUAAAAAGAAGCAAACCUUCAGGGCACGGAUCUUGGCGUAGAAGUGACGGCACUUCGCAUAAAAAGGUGUUGAAAUCAGAUGAUAUAGAUGGGGAAGUGAGGUCAGACGCAGGGACUAAAGCAAUGAGACUGUUCCGGAAUGCAGUUGUGGAAACCAUCAAAGAAAUGGUGAAACCACUGUGGCUUGAGCGCCGUCUUACCAAAGAUGUGCAUAACAUGGUUGUUAAAAGAGCUUCGGAAAAGAUAGUCAACGCUGCUGUUCAGUCACAUCAGGUGCCGACUGACACUACAUCUGUUGACCAUUAUCUCAGUAUGUCUGCAGCCAAAAUUGUGAAGCUUGUCGAGGUGAUUUUCAACAAGUAAAUAACUGAGUGAAGUCUUGUAUUAAUCUGAAAGUUCCUCUGUUC